AUGAUAAGCUCUGGUGACAUAGAGUGUUUUGGGAAUUCUGUGAUGUGCCCUUUUGUGCACAUAGUGGGUUUUUUCUCUGAUUUGCUAGGUUGCCAAAUUAUCACUACCAAAUUUCUUAAAAUAUGUUUUCUAGGUAGAUUUAAACAAAAAUUAUUUUUCUCCUUCUCUUAAAUUAGGAAAUAUUUAAUUUUGGUAAAUGCUUUUUCUUUUUAAGUGUGUGCUCUUCAUUAAUCAGUGUCAUAUUUUCCUUUAACUAGAACUAGAAGUGAAGAAGGGUAAUUUAGUAUAUAUUGAGUCUGCUCUCUGCCACUAACUUUCCUAAGUCCUUUAAAAGCAGGCUUCCCAAAUCCUUGCACUGCUCCACACUGCUUCUGAGGCCACGGGGUCCUGGAUUUGCAUGUUUUUAUUCCAGACUAUUUUUGAGACUGCAUAAAGAUGUUCACAAGGCUUUGUAAUUGUUGAAUUUUAUGUAGGAGUUUAAGCUCGUGUUUCUUUUUAGUUCUUGAAGUUUUUGAGGUUUUGAGACUUUCAUUGAUAAUUAGAAAAUAGUUCCUUGUGGCGUCGGCCCUUCCACCACGGUCGCCAUUGGAGAGUAGCAGCCAUGGCUCUUCGCUAUCCCAUGGCCAUGGGCCUUAACAAGGGCCACAAGGUAACCAAGAACGUGAGCAAGCCCAGGCACAGCCGCUGCCGCGGGCAUCUGACCAAACACACCAAGUUCAUGCAGGACAUGAUCCGGGAGGUGUGUCGCUUUGCCCCGUACGAGUGGCACGCCAUGGAGUUACUGAAGGUCUCCAAGGACAAAUGGGCCCUCAAGUUCAUCAAGAAAAGGGUAGGGACACACAUCUGCACCAAGAGGAAGCGGGAGGAGCUGAGCAAUGCCCUGGCUGCCAUGUGAAAAGCCACUGCCAAGAAAGACUGAGUCCCCUCCCCUGCGCUCUCCCUGAAAUUAACAGCUCCACCCAAGCCUUGGCUCUGUUGCUGUCCUGGGGUGGGGGUGGGGUCCUUCAAGCAUCUGUUGGUGCCCACUAAGCCAUGCCAUGAAUCAAAGCCCUGGCCGACCCACCCACCCACCCUUCCUGGGACAGUAAGCAAGGAGGCUCCAUACCGGAAAUUACUUUAAUGAUUAAAUAGUUCCUGUGCCACACUGAUUAAAAAAUAAUAAUAAUAGAAACCCAAUAUCAAGCAGUUUAGGGAAAAAAAUCUGAAUUUAUUAGCUCACAUAACUGAAAAGCCCAGCGAUGUUCUAGCUUCAAGCACAGCCCAAGUGAUGUUAGGUUUUUCUUUCUAUGUGGCUUAUUCAUAAGAGAAGUUGACAGUCCGUGCUCGUUUUCUCUGUUUAAAAAUCCCUGAAGAAGGAGAGACUUUUCCUCUUGAGUCUGGCCCAGAACUCCUGGGGAGUCCUUUGAGUGGCUCAGCUUUUCACAUUUCCGAACCAAUCACCAUGACCAAUAGGGUCACUGAGCCUUCUACAAGACACAAAAUACAGAGCGUAAAGGAUACUUUGCUCUUGCUGCCCACAUGCCCUGCUGAAGUCAUUAUGGUCCAUGAAAUCUCUAGAGACAGAUGGAGAAGCCCUAAAUGAGACUAGGAUGCCAACCAGAGAAUCUAUCCUGUGUGACCAUAGCUUCAAGAUAGAAAAAACUGUCACGUUCCCUCUGUUUUUAUUUCACAGCUAAACAUACUCAUUUGAUUACUAAAUUACAGUUGUUUAUUCAGAGGAUAUUCCUCUUUCUUCCCU